UACAAGAGAGAGCAACAGCUAGCGCAGAGACAGGCCAUCGGCCGGCGACCAUUCGAGCUAGCUAGCUAGCUGUUUGAAGCAGCCGGAUUGGUAGUUCGUAGCUGGGAGGGAGGGGUCGAUGGGGAAAGGCCGGGCACCGUGCUGCGCCAAGGUCGGGCUCAACAGGGGCUCCUGGACGCCCGAGGAGGACAUGCGCCUCAUCGCCUACAUUCAGAAGUUCGGCCACGCCAACUGGCGCGCCCUGCCCAAGCAAGCAGGUUUGCUCCGGUGCGGGAAGAGCUGCCGGCUCCGGUGGAUCAACUACCUCCGUCCCGACCUCAAGCGCGGCAACUUCACCGUCGAGGAGGAGGAGACCCUCAUCAAGCUGCACAACAUGCUCGGCAACAAGUGGUCCAAGAUCGCGGCGUGCCUGCCGGGGAGGACCGACAACGAGAUCAAGAACGUCUGGAACACGCACCUCAAGAAGCGGGUGGCGGCCAGCGCCGGCGAGCAUAAGAAGGGCGGGGCCAAGGGCAAGAAGAAAACCACCUGCGUCGACGUGCCGGCGCCGGCGCCCUCGCCGUCUCCAUCCUCUUCCACCACCACCACAACGACGACGACCACCAACUGCUCCAGCGGCGAGUCCGGCGAGCAGAGCAACAGCAGCAAGGAACUAGAAUUUGAGCUGGACAAGAUCGAGAUCCCCAUGCUGGACCUCGGCUUUGACCUCGACAUGCUUCUGGACACGGUCACCAACACGCACUGCCCGGCCAUCCCGUCGGCGCCGACCUCGCCGUGCUCGUCCGCGUCCCCGCCCUGCGUGGUGGACGACGGCGCGCUGCUCGACCUGCCCGAGAUCGACAUCGUGCCGGAGCUGUGGAGCAUCAUGGACGGCGAAGGCGGCGCCGGCGCGUGCGCCGAAACGGCACAGGACAAUGCGGCGCCGUGCCACGGCAAGGGAACAGAGGCGAGAGCCGCAACGGCGGACGACGACGACGGAAAGGAGUGGUGGUUGGAAGAUUUGGAAAAGGAGCUGGGCCUGUGGGGGCCCAUCGAGGACUACCAGCACCAACAACCGGACCCGCAAGGUUGCGUGGACCCGCUCUCCGCCAGCGUGGACGACCCUGUGUCGUGCUACUUCCAAGCCGGGCCCGCCAGGGCAACGUCGGCCGUCCAGGGACCCGAAGCCUCUGCGGUUCUCGCAAACAUCCCGAUGGAUUUAUAAGAUCUCCAUCACCGCCCGUCCGAUCUCUUAGUUUAGAAACAAGCAACGCGAUCGGACGGCCAAGACUGAUGCUAGUACAGCAUAUAUAUACAUGUACAAACUGUACAAUUGUACGCCUGCAACAGGAGUACGUACGCACGUACAAACCCAGCACGAAGACUGUACAAAAAAAGGGAUAUAGUUAGGCUAGGAUGCACACACAAGAGGAGAUGCUUAAAAUAACUUUUCCAUAUACGUUGUACACACUGCGACUACGUUGCGCCGAAGCAGCAAAGUGGUGCAACGCAAACUAGUCAAAAACGGGUCAAGGUUUCCGGUGCUAAUUAACCCGGGAUGUAACUCAA